CUGCGCAAUGUUCAACAGAGUUCUACAGCAAAGCCUGAGAUAGCUUUCGUAUAACCGAGCCACCGUAGAAUUCUAGGGCGAUUAGAUAUUGAAGUCGAAAUGCUAGCUGUGUGAAGCCGUAGACGCAAGAGAUUUUGCAGAUGCUGGAAAUCUCGAGCAACGCUCACACACAAUGUUGGAUUUCAUGUGAGCUGGCUAAAGCGCUGUAUUAUUGAGUGUGUCGCUCCCAGCGUUUGACCCUUCCCAUGUUUUCAGAGCGAGCGAAUGUGAAAUAAGCUGUCCAAUUGAAACAAUGGUCGUUCUUGAAGGUUACUGCGAAGGCAACGCAUCCUUAUCCAAAAUAUGGAUUCAACGUGGAUUAUUCCCAUGUUUUUAUUUUACACUCGUCCCAACAGUACUUUUGAGCAUUGCCUUUCUCCUUGGUGCACUGCAGUGUGCUUGUUACAAUAUGUAUGGGACUACAAUGGAGCCAAAGUACAUACCUCGCUCUCGUCUCUUCCUCCUUCAGUUGUUCCUAACAAUAACCAUGCUGCUGCAGUUUGGAACCUACAUCCUUUGGCAAACCUUUAGCUUGGGCAUAAUCUAUGGAUACACGAUUCUAUAUUCGUGCCUAUCUCCAGCUGGAUGGGUGUGCACCAUCUUACUACUACACCUGGAGCGCAGCAGGGUGAUGGUGCGGGACAGAACACAUGGCCACGGUACCAUCCUGCUGCUCUUCUGGGCUUUGGGAUUUGCAGCGGAGAAUCUGGCAUUUGUGUCAUGGAAAAGUCCUCUAUGGUGGUGGUCACUGGACAGUACUGACCAUAAGGUACACUUUGGUCUGUGGAUGGUGCGAUACAUCUGUACGUUUCUGUUGUUUAUCCUUGGGAUAAAAGCCCCUGGUUUGCCUCGAAAACCCUACAUGAUGAUCAUUAAUGAGGAUGAACGAGAUGUUGAAUGCAGUCAGCCUCUCUUAAAUCAGAACAACAAUCAGUCCACCUGGAAAGAUUUUCCUAAGAAGGUGCAGUUGCUGUUACCAUACAUGUGGCCCAAAGGAAGCCUCUUGCUGCAGUUUUUCGUUCUGUUAUGCCUUCUGCUCCUUGCAGUUGAACGAGUCAUCAAUGUUUUUGUGCCCAUCUACUAUAAAAACAUCGUGAAUGAACUGAGUGACCAAGCCCCAUGGAAAACUCUAGCCACAACUGUCUGCUUGUAUGUCUUCCUUAAGUUCCUACAGGGUGGUGGCACAGGUGCAUCUGGCUUUGUAAACAACUUACGAUCCUUUAUGUGGACUAAAGUCCAGCAAUACACCAGCCGACACGUUCAGGUUGCACUUUUUGCUCACCUUCAUUCUCUUUCACUUCGCUGGCAUCUUGGCAGGAAGACUGGAGAAGUUCUCCGCAGUGUGGAUCGUGGAACCAACAGUAUUAACACCUUACUAAGCUACAUCAUCUUCAGCAUCUUCCCAACGAUUGCUGACAUUGUCAUUGCCAUCAUUUACUUCAGUAUCAAUUUCAAUGCCUGGUUUGGACUCAUUGUCUUUGUUUGUAUGGUGUUCUACUUGACUGCAACCAUUCUGAUAGCUGAAUGGAGGACGAAGUACAGGAGAGAAAUGAACACCAGGGAUAACGAGGCAAAGGCUAAGGCCGUUGACUCCUUGCUCAACUUUGAAACGGUGAAGUAUUACAAUGCUGAGAGUUACGAGGUGAAUCGUUUCAAUGAUGCCAUACUGAAGUAUCAGGUGGCAGAAUGGAAAACAAUUGCAAGUCUCCCAGUUUUAAACCAAACUCAGAACACGAUCAUUAGUCUCGGGCUGCUCACUGGAUCACUGCUCUGUGCCUACUUUGUCACUGAGAAGAAGCUUCAGGUUGGCGAUUUUGUCCUUUUUGGGACAUAUAUCAUUCAGCUUUACACGCCACUUUACUGGUUUGGGACAUAUUACAGGAUGAUCCAGAGUUCAUUCAUAGACAUGGAGAAUAUGUUUGAUCUAUUCAAAGAGAGCCAGGAGGUUACUGAUGAUAUCAAUGCAGCAAAUCUUGACUUCAGAGUCGGAAAAGUGGAGUUUGACGAGGUUUAUUUCAGUUACGUUGAUGGUAAAGAAAUCUUGAAAGGCAUAACAUUCUCUGUUCAGCCGGGACAAACAAUGGCCCUGGUUGGUCCGUCGGGCUCAGGAAAAAGCACCAUCAUCCGGCUCCUCUUCCGGUUUUAUGACCUCAACGGAGGUUGCAUCAAAGUUGAUGGUCAAGACAUCUCAAAGGUGAAGCAGCAUUCUUUGCGUUCACACAUUGGGGUAGUGCCACAAGACACCGUCCUCUUCAACGACAACAUUAGGAACAACAUUCGGUAUGGCAGAGUGACUGCCAGCGAUGAGGAGGUGGAAGAGGCCUCUCGAGCAGCCGAUAUUCAUGAACGAAUUAUCACAUUUCCUGAAGGUUACGAUACACAAGUGGGUGAGAGAGGCCUAAAGCUCAGUGGAGGAGAGAAGCAGCGAGUGGCAAUUGCCAGAACAAUCCUGAAGGCACCUCAAAUCAUUCUUUUGGAUGAGGCUACAUCUGCACUUGACACACAAACUGAAAGGAAUAUUCAAGCGUCGCUUGCCAAAGUGUGUGCUAACAGGACCACAAUCAUUGUGGCUCACAGAUUGUCAACUGUAAUCAAAGCGGAUCAGAUUCUCGUGCUUCGGGAUGGAGAGAUCGUAGAGAGGGGAAGGCACGAGGCAUUACUGGAUAAGGGGGGAGUUUAUGCUGAAAUGUGGAUGAAACAGCAGCAGUCCGAGGCAUCUGACUCAUCAUCUGACACUGAAGCCAAAGACAAGAGCACUGAGAAACUACAGCCUCCUGGCAGCAAGAAGGGCCAGAGGUCCCACUAGCUACUAAGCAGAGAUUUAACCGGGAAUCAGAUGAAGGUUGAUUGAACACCAUUGAUGUUGUGAAUGUACUGAGUUUGUACUGAACAUUAUAUCUCAUGAUUGUUCCAGAACAUUCUACAGAUCAGAUUCCCACAGUAUCUAGUCAUCCUUAAUGAAAAAGGAAAAUUGCCAAUGAUUUAUAGAUUCUUCUAAAGACCAUAAAACCAUAAGACAUAGUAGCAGAACUAGUCCAUCUGUCCCAUUUAGUCUACUCCCAUCUUGGCUGAUUUAUUAUCCCUCUCUUACUUGUUACAUACACCUGUUAGGGUGCAUUCUCCAGUUACCUUAUAAGGUAACCGUAGCCUUCAGCCAGGAGCAGAUGUCAUCAGGUGGUUCCCAACCUUCACCGAGUGUUUCGACACUUAACCACGACACUCUCCAGUUGGUAGGCCGGCAGUGGUGGCCAAAUCACUGCCCAUCUGCUCCUGGCUUCCAGCUCCCCUCCUCUCGCCUACUACAAAUCCAACAAGAAGCUCAUUCUGCCUCUUCCCCCAUCCUACGAGCUGCUUGUUUUUUGCUGCUUUCGUCCAGGCCCAGAUCUGACAACAACCGCCAUGCUGAUUUGGCUGGGAAACCUCUGCAGCCGAUCUCCACAGGGAACAGCCAUGCCUGCCAUCCCUUGUCUUUACACUCCUGCAGUAAGGCUGGUACUUCAAGGCCUUUCUCUCGUGGGCCUCUUCCCAUCCCUACUCCCAUGGCACAGUCAACUCAACCAAAAUGAUUUUCUUGUCUUCCGUUGACCACAGUACAAUGUCCGGGCAUAGGGUUGUGUGCAUCACAUCCGGGAACUACAGCCUCCUUCCCACAUCGACCCUCAUCUCCCAGGACCCGGCCGUUAGCAGCAGAUUGGGCUUUGGUUGUUUGGUUACGAAAGGCCUAGCUCCCUCUUUGAUGAAGGUGAUGGCCUUCCUCAAAUCUAUGCCAGCCGUCCUCUUCUUGCAUCUCUCCCGCUCUAGUGUGUCAGCAAGAGCCAGAAGCACCUUAUCAUGGCGCCACCUAUACCGUCCUUGAGUUAGAGCUGUUUUACACCCGGACGGUAUAUGAGCCAGUGUCCCCUUUUGACCACAGAGCUUAUAGUUCGGGUCCUCUCUCAUCCCACAUGUGUACAGAUGUAAUGGUGAAGGAAGGGUGUCAUACAUGGAUCGCAAGAGGAAGGAAAUACGGAAGGGCUCCAGUCUCCAUAACUCUGCCCAUGAGAUCUUGUGCUUAGGCAGAUCCCAUUUUGUCCAGGCACCCUGGGGCCCUUGUUCCACUGCCUUUGAAAUCCGCUUCUCUUCCUCACGGAUCCGUACUUCUGCCUGUAUCAUGUCUCGCCUGUUCCUUAUGCUUGCGUUUCCCCACUUCUGGAAGUGAACUGAGCCGAGGCCUUGCCGCCCAACGCAGGGGUUGCCGAUGAUAUCUCACAGCUUCAGAGAACACACUGCCUCCUCCACAGCUGUGUUGGCUGCCCACUUGCACCCAGAUCUGGUUGUAACGCCUGCUUGCUUUACCAAGACGUCAUUAGAAUCUCUCAAGCUCAAUCACAUUCUCCUGUCUUUUCCCUGUAACGUUGAUGCGUUGAGUCCAACAACCUUUGCCCAAUAUACCCAAUGACUUGGCCUCUACAGUCUGUGGCAAUGAAUUCCACAAAUUCACUACCUCUGGCUAAAGAAACUCCUCCUCAUCUCUGUUCUAAAGGGGCAUCCUUUAAUUCUGAGGCUGUGCCCUCUGGUCUUAAACUCCACAACGAUAGGAAACACCCUCUCCACAUUCACUCUUUUGAGGCCUUUCAGUAUUCAAUAGGUUUCAAUUAUAUCCACACCACCCCCCAACCCUCACAUUCUUCUAAACUCCAGUGAGUACAGGCCAAGAGCCAUCAAGUGCUCCUCAUACUCUAACCCUUUCAUUCUCUGGACCCUCUGUAAUGCAAGCUUAUCCUUUCAUAGAUAGGGAGCUACUCACAUAGCCCUCCAUACCUCUUCUGUCCAUGUACUUAACCAAACUUCUCUUAAAAGUUCCCUGUCAGGUUCCCCUGAAAUAUUUCAUCUUUCUCCUUUAACUCACAGAUUCACCAGCUUUUUCCUCAGUAGAAAAAGCCUGCUUGCAUUCACCCUAUCUGUAUCCCUUAUAAUUUUGUCUACCUCAUUCUGCUACACUCCUACUACUACGUCAACACAGGCCUAGGGGGUCUGCUACACUCCAGGGAAUAAAAUCCUAACAUAUUCAACUUUUUCCUUUAACUCAGGUCCUCAAGUCCUGGCAACAUCCUUGUAAAUUUUCUCUAUAUCCUUUCAAUCUUAUUGAUAUCUUUCUUUUAGGAUGGUGACCAGAACUCCACACAAUACUCUUAAAUUUGGCCUUACUAACAUUUCAUAUAACUUCAACAUAAUAUUGUGGAUAAAUAUCAUCCAUGGAGAGCUCUGCUACUCGAUUAAUGGCUGUAGAGUCAUUUGAGAAACCAAUGAAUUUUAGUUCAGCAGACUCUUCCAUAUGUCCGUGUGAAUCUAGGUUUUAUGGACUAGUCAUCAGAGUGAGACUGGAAUGCACAAUCAUUUAAUUUGGUGUUUUCACUGACCUGCUUAAAACACUUAGAAACACUUUGCCCUUGUUGUAAAAUUAGACAUGGCAAUAAGAACCUUAGAAAUGAAGGCAGUUGAAGACCAUUUGGCCCCUUGUGUUGCUGCACAAUUUAGUAAGAUUAUAAACACAAGAAAUUCUGAAGAUGCUGGAAAUCCUGAGCAACACACACAAAAUGCUGGAGGAACUCAGCUGGUCAAGCAGCAUCUACACCAUGGAGGGGAAUAAACAGUCGAAGUUAUGAGCCAAGGCUGGAAAGGAAGGGCUGGAAGCUAGGAUAAGAAGGUGGGGAAGAGGAGUACAAACUGGCAGGUGAUAGGUGAGACACGAUAGGGAUAAAGUGAGAAGCUGGAAGGUGAUAAGUGGAAGAGGUAAAGUGCCAAAGAAGAAGGAAUCUGACAGGGGAAGAGAGGGGACAAUGCGAGAAAUGGAAGGGGGGGCACCGGAGGGAGGUGAUGGGCAGGUGAGGGAAAGAGAAGGGUUAAGAGGAUAGCCAGUAUGGGGAACGGAACAAGAAGGGGGAGAGGGGAGAAAUUACCUAAAAUUAGAGAAAUCUAGCGCACACUGUAAAUUAUAUCAGUUCAAUGGGGAAAAGCUGAAAUCAUGAUUACCUUUGUAUUUUCCUGAUACUCUGUUUCAUAGGCAAGUAGUAUACUCCAGAUACUUUCAUACUUCCGGGGCUAUUAUCUCCACGUACCUUGUUCUUCUGGUCUCUGCAGCUACAGUGUGCAUACCAUUCCUCAUCCGACUAUAACACUAUAAUAUAACGUUAGAACCUCUUGUUAUUCUUGGCCCAGGGGGCUGUUGUCUCAGGUGGAAUGUUCAACAAUGAGUCUCAGCAUCAUCGAUCUGCAGCUGCCUUGAAAUUAUACAAGUUCAGGGAUAUCCACUUGAGCAUCUAGAUCCUCAGUUUAUCAUUGGAUAGCCAUCCCUUCCACAAGGCAGCACUCCCUGGGUAGUCUGGAUUGUCGGACCAGUUUGAUCAUAUCCUGCUUUGUCCCACAGCGUUCUGACCCAGACAAGAGUGUUACCAAAUGAGCUUUAAGUUGUGUGUCAGUUCUUGGGAUGCUUGGUGUGUUUUCUGUUUAUGGGAAUGUAUUUAUUUUUGGGAAAUGGAUGUGUUAAUGAUUAACUAUGUAAAAGAUGUUUUUUUCUGAGAUACUGUUUCUUUAGAUAUUCAUUACAAAUGCUGUUACCUCUAUAUACCCCCAUGAUUCACCCCUUGUUUGCUCAAUGACAAGUGAACAAGAGAUUCAGCAGAUGCUGGAAAUCCAGAGUAACACACACGAAAUGCUGGAGGAACUCAGCAGCUCAGGCAGCAACUACUGUAUGGAAAGGAAUAAAGAGUUGAUGUUUCAUGCCAAGACCCAAAACGUGGAGUCCUGAUGAAGUGUCUCGGUCCAAAAUGUCACCUCUUUAUUCCUUAUCAUAAAUGCUGCCUGAUCUGCUGAGUUCCAUAGAACAUAGAAUAGUACAGCACAGUACAGGCCCUUCAGCCCACAAUGUUGUGCCGAUCCUCAAACCCUGCCUCCCAUAUAAGCCUCCACCUUAGAUUCCUCCAUAUACCUGUCUAGUAGUCUCCUAAACUUCACUAGUGUAUCUGCCCCCACCACUGACUCAGGCAGUGCAUUCCACGCACCAACCACUCUCUGAGUAAAAAACCUUCCUCUAAUAUCCCCCUUGAACUUCCCACCCCUUACCUUAAAGCCAUGUCCUCUUGUAUUGAGCAGUGGCGCCCUGGGGAAGAGGCAGUGGCUAUCCACUCUAUCUAUUCCUCUUAUUAUCUUGUACACCUCUAUCAUGUCUCCUCUCAUCCUCCUUCUCUCCAAAGAGUAAAGCCCUAGCUCCCUUAAUCUCUGAUCAUAAUGCAUACUUUCUAAACCAGGCAGCAUCCUGGUAAGUCUCCUCUGUACCCUUUCCAAUGCUUCCACAUCCUUCCUAUGGUGAGGUGACCAGAACUGGACACAAUACUCCCAAGUGUGGCCUAACCAGAGUUUUAUAGAGCUGCAUCAUUACAUCGCGACUCUUAAACUCUAUCCCUCGACUUAUGAAAGCUAACACCCCAUAAGCUUUCUUAACUACCCUAUCCACCUGUGAGGCAACUUUCAGGGAUCUGUGGACAUGUACCCCGAGAUCCCUCUGCUUCUGCACACUACCAAGUAUCCUGCCAUUUACUUUGUACUCUGCCUUGGAGUUUGUCCUUCCAAAGUGUACCACCUCACACUUCUCCGGGUUGAACUCCAUCUGCCACUUCUCAGCCCACUUCUGCAUCCUAUCAAU